AUGGGCUUUCAGGCAUUUGUAUUUUGCGGGCGUGGUGCGAAGUUAACACCAUUUACCAAUGUGCGUGGUGACACAGGUGAGCCAAAGGCUUUACUUCCUGUAGCUAAUAGACCUAUGAUUGAAUUCGUUUUGGACUGGUGUGAGCAGGCACAAUUCCUUGAAGUGAACUUAGUUAUUGAUAUUGCUGACGUGGAGGAGUUGGAGGCGCAGUUGAAGAAGUACCGUGAGAUUAGGGAACACUACUACGGAUUGCUAGCUCAAAGUGUGGGAAACAAUAACUCGCAUUAUUUGAGGAAACCGGCUCCAAUUAACCUCAUUGGGUCGAAAUGCGAAAAUACUGGUGAUUGUUUGAAGACUGAGCUUCUUGAUAGGAUAACUGGUGACUUUGUGUUGCUGCCCUGUGAUUUCAUCACUGAUAUUCCACCGCAAGUGUUUUUGGAUCAGUAUCUAAAUAAAGAUCCUGAGAAUUUGGCUAUGGCUGUGUACUAUAAUAACGGAUUCGAAAAUAUUGACAAAAAGCACUUGAAGCAAUUUUUGACAGUUUAUUCAGACAAUUUGGACUCUAUCAGCAAGCCAGUAUUGCUAGACGUGUAUUCGAAAGAAGAUGUAGACAAAACGAAGUAUUUGCAAAUUAGAUCCCAGAUGCUUUGGAGAUACCCUAACUCUACAGUGUCAACCAAACUCCUAAACUCGUUCAUAUACUUCUGCUCUUAUGAGUUGAAAACAUUGUUGAAGGACGCACCUAAUACUACAUCUUCUGAUAGUGUGGCAGCAGGUAAAAGAGAAGCGGAAACAGAAAAGGACUCCAAAAAGGAGGAAACAGAAUCGGAGGCUCUCAACAAAUUGACUAAAACUUUCCACAGCACAGGUUUCUUGAAAAAGAAAAACGAACUAAUCAGAGAUCCAAUUAACUGUAACAAAUCUUUGGCUAAAGUAUUUAGAGAUUUGUCAAGACGUUCGUGGCAACAUGUUAAACCAAGAGAAACCGUUGGGAUCUUCGUACUACCAGAUAUUGGUCUUUUCAUCAGAUCCAAUAGUUUGAGUGCCUACAUGGAAGCAAACAGAUUUGUAUUAAAGAUUAAGCAAAGUGCUAUUCACCAACGUACCACGGAUGGUUCCUCUGCUAUCGGUGCCGAUUCUGUUGUUGGAAAUAACUGUUCCAUUCUGGAGAAAACUAACAUUAAACGUUCAGUUCUAGGUAACAACUGUAAGGUGGGUAAAAGGUGCCGUAUUGUGGGGUGCGUUAUUCUUGAUGGUGUAGAGAUUGAAGACGAGACUCAUUUAGAAAAUGUAAUUAUUGGCAGAAAUGCGAAGAUUGGCAAGAAAUCUAAAUUAACUAACUGUUACGUUGAAGGGUCGUACGUCGUUAACGAAAAAUCUACUAUCAAGGGUGAGACAUUGACAAACAUAUACAUAGGUGAUGAAUACAGCGCUUCUUCUUUGGAGUCUGAAUCUUCUGGUUCAGAAUCUGAAUACACAGAUGAAUAUUAUGACGAUGAAGAUUUCGUGGACGACGGACUCUUUGAUCACUAA